UCCACAGCACGCACCGGGUCCCUCUGCGAACCAGCGGCACAAAAUCUCGCUCGGGUCCUCGGGUUUGCGAGGGAUUUACGCGUCUGCCCUCUGCGCACACAUCACUGCCCACCUGCCCUGCUCCCUCUAUCCUCCCUCUCUCUCUCUCCUGCAUCCUCUUUCUCUCUACCCUUCCUUCCUCCCAUGGAGUCGGCCUAGCCCAGUUCACUUCUGCCCGUUGAGAGCGCUCAUAUAUCCUCCAGAUCUGUGGCCUGCUCUAGCCCCUGCUCCCUCGGAACAAGCGCCUGCAGCGGCCGCGCUCGGAUCGGAUGGACUCCGGCAUGCACCCAGCCGCCGGCGGCGGCGACGACGGCCUCCCCGACCUUCUCGCCGGCGUCGGCCCCGGCACCGAGGGCGUUAUUUGUGGGAUGCCAGACUUCAAGAUGGACGGAAAGAGGGGUGAUGAAUCUGCCCCUGCUGAUGCUGGUGAUGAAGAUGGUGAAGAUGAUGAUGGGGACGAGGAUGGCGACUUUGCUGAGGGCGAAGAGGAGAUCUCGGAAGGAGAGGAGUAUGACAACCCCAAGGCCGGUGAUGCCAAGAAGAAACAAAUAGGCGAGGGUGAGGAGAAUGGCGAGGAUGACGAUGAAGAACCCGAGGAGCAGGAGGGUGGAGGAGGUGACGAUGAUGACGACGACGACGACGAUGAUGAUAAUGAAGAUGACGACGACGACGAUGAUGUUGCUGCUGAAGACGAUGAAGAUGGAGUAGAAGAGGAGGAUGACGACCAGGACAAUGACGAUGAUGAGGAGGAUGACGACGAGGACUCGCUCCAGCCCCCGAAGAAGAGGAAGAAGUGAAGCCCUUCGACGUCCUUCGACGCGGCUGCUUUAGUCACCAUGGGAUGGGAUGUGCCUGUUUUUCACUGUGUUCUGGAAACUUUCCUUUAGAGUUAAAAAUGCCCCACACGAUCACAAUGUGUGGGCUUGUAGGAGCGAUUAGAGGGAACUUUGUUGUCAUCGUUACUUUGCUUCUGUGGAGUUGAUCGAACAGAUGUUUCGCUAACAUAAUUGUACCUGAGUGGCGAAAGCCUCGAAGAUUUGAAUAUGUCAGUCAACUCUUUUUA